GAAAUUCUGCAGGUACUACCUGCCCUUAAUUAUGCUGAAUCAGAAAUGGAGAAGUGUCCUCUGAAACAGCAGGAGGAGCCACUUGACAUACUGGAAAAACAUUUGCAGAACUUUGCUGCUCUGAUCUGUCCAGGACUGUCAAGCAGUCCUAGUCGAGAGGCCAGCAUGUUUCCUGAUCAGUACGAUGUACCAGCUGGUUUUCCUUGGAUUGCUCCGAAAUGGACUGAGGAGACUGGCUCUCGCCUCAGAACAUACUUAAAAAACUCACAUAGUUUUGAAAUUUCAGUGACAAGAGCUGCGGAGUUGCUUGCCUCUGGAAAACAGCAGCGCAUUGAUGAACAUGAUGAUGAUGUUUAUUACUAUAUAUCGUCACCUGAGAUGGCCCCAGAGACAUCAUCUGACAUGGCUUUGGAACAAGAUCUGUCAAAUGAACCUGAUCUGUCUUCAAGCAAAAAUGUUCUCGAUGAGGUAAAAAACUCUGCAGAGCAGCAGUCUGAUAAGCAAGAGAGUACAGAUGCUUACUUGGCUUGUUCUGCUUUGCCAAUGAACAUUGGUAUACCUGGUCCAGCUGUUAUGAGUGAAAACAACACAGUUGAAAGGACAGACCCUUCCCCUAAAUCAGGUGACCUUCCUACAGAACACUAUGCUAAUGCUGCUGAGCACAGUAAGAAAACAUCUGGGUGUGCUUCAAUUGGUGAAUCCAGUGAAGUGAAGUGCUCAGUUGAUGUUUCAAAAGAAAGUCCCGUUCAGACCACCGGUUUACCACUAUUAAGAGAAAUUGAAAAUGAUGUCUUAAGUAUAUCUAAUACCAGGCAAAAUUCCAAACCAGAUGUGGAGAAAGAUCUUUCUAAAAAAGUACAUUGUUUAUCAGCUGCCCCUAUAGAAUCUGGUUCUCAGAUGCCUGUUAUGGACAAAGAUGUUCCACUGGAAUUUGACCCUUCAACAUUAAUCUCCUCCCCUGCUACAUUAGCAAAUCGGACUGAUUCAAUAAUUGAAGGUUGUGAAAAAGUACUUCCACAAACAAGCAAUACUGUUCAUGAUGAAACGAAGUCUCAAUUGAAACACAUGUCAAAACGUCGUGGGAAAAGGAGGAAAAAGAAGGCUGUAAAAAGAAAUACAAGUACAGUCAGUGAAAAGCCAACCCCUAUUCAUAACACUAAUGUUCCCCCUUGCUCCACACAAGCUAAUUCUGAACAGAGUGCUAGCGAGACAAUACAUUUCUCACACAGCUCUCUAAAACAAGACUGGCGCUCUCUCCCAAGGCGCAAGAAGCACUGGAUUGCUAAUGACACCGUGAAGAGGUCAUUAAGGUCAGAUAUUAAGACUUCUGACAUUGAAUCCUAUUCAAAGACCAGUGAUGUUGAGACCACCAUUCAAGAACCAGUUGUUAUAAGAAGAAUUAUGUCCAGUACACCAAAAAGAAAAGAAGGAUUUAAUAUGAGAGAACGAUAUGGCCUUAAAACAAUAAUUACAGAUUGUGGCAGGGUCUUCAUCCCCCAUGGAAUGGAUGUUGCUGCGGGUGACGUGAAGACAAACGAAACUAAGGAACCUGACUUGGUUACAACAAACAGCCCUUUAAAAGAAAGGCUAACAAAUACAUUCCCGCUAGAAAUGGACAAGGGGAAUCAGCAUACGCCCUUAACACACACGCAAAACAUUUCAGUUAUUAAGUCACUUCCAGUUGGACAAAUUACAGAACAAGACUGUGCAACCCAUAAACAUUCAGAGCAGCCAUCAGAUUCUGACCACAUUCCAACCUCUCCUGAGAAAAUCAAAAACAAAUCUGUGUACAGGGCAAUAUCCAUAAGUAAACUAAAGACAGUUCUCAAAAGAGCGAAGAAGACUGGAACAGGAGGAGAACCAGAAACGAAAAAACCCAAACCAAACGUUAAUACAAGUGUUAAUACAGAUGCUAAAAGCAGCAGUUUAUUACAGCAAAAUACAGACUUGGCGGAGAGCCUGGAGCCGACCAGCAAGACCUCAUCAAAGAUCACAAAAGAGAAUGGAUGCAACAUUUUUCACAAGUCUUCUCCUUUUGUUAAACAAGUUGACCAACAACUCAUAUCUACGCUUAUUGGGUCUAGGGUCGGAGGAAAAAUUAUUAGCUCUGAUGGCAAAAACACUAAAGAAGGACUGGCCAUUGGUUUGUCUGUGCCUUCAGAUGCUCUUAAUCUUCUGGCUGACUUGGCGCUCAGUGUUAAUAGUGAAAAAACGUUGCCUAACCUGAGAGCAAAACCCAGACAAGACGAGACGCAUGGCAGAGCCAAGAAUAAUAGCUCUCCGAAGUCAGAACUUCAUGAUCUGUUGCAGAUCUCUGACAAAUUGAACUUAACCCCCAAGUCACCUUUCCCAGAGGGUCUUGUGGUGACUGGGGAUUUGAUAUUGGAAAUUUCAAAAGAGCAUUCUUACUCACAGCCUACAUCUUUGUGGUCAGAUUUGACAGGAGCAUGCCCCCAGGUUCAACCCACAGUUGGAUGUGUUCAGUCUCUUCUGUCCUUUCCACGUUUAUAUUCUGUGAUGCUACCUGAUCAUGCUAGUAGCUCAGGCUAUGAAGAGAACAAAGGACAAAAUGGAUGGAUACACCCUACGUCAUUAGAUUCGACAACCUCAACUGCUUUAAACACCAAAGAGCAGAGAUCCAUGUUUCUUCACAGCAGACACAUUAUUGAAAAAGAGAGUUCGAUACAAGUGACAAGACUUUGGAAAGAGAACUAUGAUUUCAGAUAUGACAGCAAGUUUACAAAUGAUAAACAUGACAAAUGUGUGACGAGAGCACUGCAUGGCAAAUGGGAUUUCAACAUUGAAGACACCUUUGAGCAGGUCCAUCUUAUUUUUCAUAUGUGGAUAGGCCUGUUCUACAGUAAACCCACAUCCAGGUUCUUUCACUUUGAUCAAUACUGUCAACCUCUGGAUAAAAAAGAACCUGUACAAGUCAUACAGGGCUCCAUUCCAGCUUCUGCACCAUUACCCGGUGGUGAUAUGAGUUCAAAGGAGGACAAACACAGUUCCUUACUGACUGUAGUUCCUGUAUCAGAUGCUCUUGACCUUUCAGUAAAAGUACCAGGAGCUGUUCAUGGUUCCACAAAAAGUAGAGAGGAGAAUCCAGCACCUGUUCAUAGUGUAACAACAAGUUCGGAACACGCAACGGAGAGUAAAAAACUGGACAUUCAAGCCAACCCAAACAUUACGUCCAAUGUCCAACCACAGGUAAUUCUUAUGGAUUACCGAUCCACUUUGGAUGUCUUGGAUGAAAGUUCUCCAGCUGACAAUGAUUCCAGUGACUUGGAAAAUGAAGUCACUAAUAUCACUGAAAGUUCCUACACACAGCUCUUGGAGAACAAUAGUGCAUAUUGUCAGCUGGUUGAACAGGCUUCAAAAAUACGUGUAGAUCAACAGAAAUUGUUAAAGAUGCGGAAGCAUGCGCUUUCCCGUAAGGACUUAAAUACGGUAAAGACCUUGACAAAAAGAAAUCUCUCAAUGAUGGCCUCUGGCACAAAAAAAGUUGAUGUAUUCCACAAAGUUGUUGAGUUUCUCAGGCCUGUGAUUCUGUCAAAUGCAAGUGAACAAUUGCCUGGAAGAAAAGUUCUAAUUAAGGCACAGACAUUUAAGUAUAAUGCAGGUAAUGAAGCAGUUGUACAAAUGUGUACUGGGGAUAUACCCAAAAACAAGGAGUGUGAAUCAGCAUUCAAAGAGGAAAACAGUGAAAGUAAUGAGCAUAAAAGGACAUUAAAUCCCCAGACAGAAAGCAGUUCUGAAGAAACUAUGCCUGUGUGUGUUACAAACGAUGAAACAAGAACGAAAAGUAAAUCUCUGCCUGAUGACACAGAAAAUGCUUUGUGUGAAAGUGAUUGUGACGACAAGGAAUCUAUGACUGAUGGCGGAAAUGAACCAAUGCAAAAUGACAUACAAGAAACAUCAGAGGCUGUGAGUGAUAAUGAGGAAGUCAAACGUGACAGCAAGGACACACCUAUAAAUGUGAGAGAUGAUGCUUCAGUGUGUAUAAAUAGUGAUGAUAAUGAACAGGAGAAAGUUACACCCAUGCCAGAUGUCAGACCUGACAUACAGAUGAAUGUGCCUGAUGUAAAUCAAGAGACGACAGAGGAACUACUCAUAGAUAACACAACUACCCCUGAUGUCAGGAAUGACCCAGUUGUGGAAACAGUAGUUGAUGAUGACAAAAAUGAGAGCAUUUCACCUAACAUGGAAAGUGAGAUCACUUGUGAUGCAUGUGAUGUGCAGAAAUCCGAUGUCAAUGACGAAACACCUGUAUCCGAUGUCAAAGACGAAACACCUGUAUCCAGUGUCAAAGAUGAAACACCUGUAGAUAGUCAGAAUGUGACUGAUAACACAGAGAACAAAGCUCAACCAAAGGAGGAUGUCCAAACUGACACACCUGUUGAUGAACAUAUUGAAGAGAAGGAAGCCAAACAAGGGUUUGUUGUCAGCGAUGACAUCAUACCCAUUGAAGAACAUGAUGUGAAUGAUACGAACAUGGAAGGCUUUGAACUUAAACUUGAUGUCAGUAAUGACACAACAGAUGUGGACGAUGUAAACAUUAACGUAAAUGAGGAGACAGAACUUGAUGUCAGAGACUGCAUAUCUGUAGAUGGACAGAUGGAUAUGGAUAAAACAGAAGACACCGCAGUUCAUAACCAAAUUCUUGAAAAUGCUUCAGGUGAUGAAACUAAUAAAGAAGAAGUAGUUGAUGAAAGUAAAACUCACAAAAGCACAGAUCUCAUUUGUGACAGUACAAACAAUGAAGUCAAUACAGAAGAGCAAAGGAUUGAAGCAGAAGAAGCAAUGGAUUAUGUAUGCAUGGAUUCCAUUGAUAUGGACAUUUCUGACCAGGAUUCAGAAGAUGAAACUCAAGUAACAUGCUUUGCGGUGAAUGUCUCUGGUGAAGAAACUACUCUAGAUCAGAAAGAUACUGUACAGCUGCAAGGGGGUGAAAUUAAAUCUGAGAAGACUAUCCAGGAUUGUCAGCCGGUUAUAGCAGAUAAUUUUGCUGCAGGUCAUGUUAGUCCAGCACACCAUCAUAUAGUUCAGCUGACAAAUGGUGGCACUUGUUUGCCACAAGAGAAUGAUAAUGAAAGCACAAACCACUCCGAUGCGGUUCAUAAUGAGACUCCUUCUCUAGGUCAGUCUAGAGAUGAAUGCAAUUACUCACCCCCCUGCAGUGAAGUUCUCAACCCAGAACCUCUUGACAUGAAAGAUUCCAGUCAUGAGCGCUUAAGCGAUGAAAGCAUUGAUAAUCAAGUGCUGGUAAAUGUGACCCCAACACAAACGAUGAACUCAAGCAGAUACCUUAAAACAGAGGUUAAUAGCAGUGAACAAACACUAUUCCCAGAGAUGGAUGAUAAUCUUGACACUACAGAUCAAUCCCCAUCAGCUUUGCAAAUUGAUUUAGAAGUUAAGUCAAAUAUCAGAAGCUGUACCCCCACUCAGGAUGAACUGCCACUCGAACGAGCAGUACAUGAGGAUUUAGAAGAUUCAGAAUUUCACCUUUAUCAACAAGGGUAUUACUAUGUACAGCAGAGCCCUACCAGUGCUGAGUUAAGGCCUGACAAAUCUGGCUGUUCUUAUAGUUCAGAUCCUCCUGAUACUGUCUAUCCAGGUUACGAAGCACAGUCGUUUUUUCAGGGUAAUUACUAUAGUAGUAAAUAUGAUGUUACACCUAAACAAACUGAAAAACAUUUGACCAAAGAGAGACCACUUUAUGUUGACUAUGAAGACAUCCCAUCGUCCCGAAACCUUAUCUCUGAAGAGGAAACACCUCAAAUGGGGCAUUUUGGUAGUUUCUCAGAGCAGUAUGAAGAGGAUUCAUCGGAAAUGCCUUUCUCGUGGAGAUUCAGGUCCAGCUCUGGAUCCGAGGGUCUUAAAAGACUCAGGGAAUCUUGUAGAUAUGAUGAGGAUUCACAUUUCACAAACAGUAUUUCUGCCCACAAAGAAGUUACCCACAGAACAAGAGAGAACACAGAAAGGGAUUCUGAUAUCUCUAGUUGGGCACAACAAAUGCACUACUCAGGUUCAAAUGAGCCUACUGAUGGAGUUUUUUCUCUCAGACAUUAUGCAGAUUUAGGUGUUUCUGAAUCUAAUGACAUUGCAGUGAGUCUUGGACCAAAGCGUAUUUGUAAAAGUAGGAGGAAACAAAAAAGGAAUUACCGCCAGCAUAAGUGGCAUGAAGAAGACUCUAAUGAUACCCCAGACUUCAGCAUGAAAAAGACAUUUUCCUGUAUUGGGGAUGAAACAAGAAUGUUACGGACAUCUAGCCCAUAUCAGCGUAAAGAAGUCAAGCAGCGCUUUGACUGGCGGCGGUAUUUCAGGAGAGAGGAAAUAUUUGACUCAAAUGACGAGAAGAAGGGACCUUUUCAUGAUCCUCCUUCCUCUAUUGUCACUGUACUUGACAAGAAAGGAAAAAAAGUCAUAAUUGAAAGACCUUCCACUCUGAAUCGAUCAGUAGGCACACACGGUAUGACAUUGAAUGUAGAUGACUCUUUACAUCGUUUAGAAGAUCAGAAAGCAAAACCUAACAUCACCCAAUCUUUAAUGGAACUUGAGUAUCUCACCUUCUCUGAGAAGAUGAUCCAUCUGCUCAAACACGGCAAGACCUCCUCCAGAGUAAAAUCACAACAAAAAAGAUAUACCCACCCAUCCGAGCAUCCGAUGACCAUUCAGUUUUCAAGACUUGAUGAGCAGGACAGUUUUGCCUCGUUUGAUGAGAACUGGCCAAAUCUUUCUAAAUUUAAAAUCAAUGUGGACAUGUCAGACAAAAAAGGCUUGAAGAAGACCACAAAUUAUGGUAAGCCCUUGCAUCUUCAAAGCCUUUUUUGUGAACAAGCAAAAAAUGUAGAUUGUGUCAAAAUAUUAGACAUAACAAAAGAGAGUCUAAAGUCCUAUCAGACUAUGAUGAAUGACAUUUGCACUGGCAAGACUACCCUGCUUAAAAAUGAUGAGCUGAAAACAAAAUGGGAUAGUGAAGGUGCUGCAGGACGCAAACAGCCUGGAUUUUGUGGUCGCAUCAAGAAAGAUAUGUAUGAUAAUCUUCACGAAAAUUUGAACUCUAUUGUGAGACAGACAUGCAGGUUCAAGUACAAGUUCUACAUACUGGUUACAUCAGCAGACCCCUUUUUUGUGGAAACCAAGAAUCUGUUGAGGGCUGAAGGCCACAUUGCAGUUGAGCCUUAUGAAUUUGAUUUGGAUGCCAGGGGGCAAACACCUCUUCUUAUUAUAAUGAGAAAUGAGGACAUUGCAGAUCACAUAUGUGAGGUUCCACAUUUGCUUGAGCUGAAAAAGUCAACCAGAGUUCUGUUUGCGGGCAUUGAUCAGCCUGAUGAUGUAGUGAACCUCACUCACCAAGAGCUUUUUGCCAAGGGAGGCUUUGUGGUAUUUGAUGAAACCACAAUAAACACACUAAAUUUAGAAAACAUGAAAAGGGUUGUGGGCAUUAUGGAGGAACUAGACAAAAAAGGGAAGUGGAAAUGGUUUCUCCACUAUAGAGACAGCCGCAAGCUUCGGGAAAAUGCAAGGUGCAGUACUGAAGCAAUGAGGAGAAAGCAGUUCAUGGACUGCUGCCAGGAAGCUGGAAUAGUAGAGGUUUUACCCUACCAUGAGUGUGACGUCAUUUCAAGAGACAGACCAGACUACCUUCGGUGUCUAGUUCGUCUACAGAUUCAAAACAUCUCCGCCCGGUUCCCUAUUUUUAUUACAGAUACACCGGAUGACUCUUUUGAGAAAAGUGGAAUUUUAACUAUGAAUAUUUAUAAGUUCCAACGCAUUCUUUCAAAUGACACUUGAUCAGUUUCAUAAGUUGGUUGCUACAGUUGAUGUGUUUGCAUCAAGAACAACUUAUAAUAAUUUUUUUACAGAGUUACUAAAUCAGGCUACUUAUUAUUAAGUGCCCUCUUGUUCAUGUAAAUUAUUUUGUAUUUGACACCAGUUAUUAUUUAUACUGUUGACCCCAAACUUUGCUGUCAUGUAAAGGCUUAUGUAAAGUUUGAUAAAUGUUAAAUGUUGUAAUUUUAAAUACUGUAAAAACAUCACUGAUAUUUUAGUGGACAUCAGUUUUUCAUAUGGUUUUAUAAAUCAUAUUGACUGCUUAGGUUUUAAUAAAACUGUUUAUAAGUA